CUAGUGACAGGAAAGCGGAGAGACAACGAGGAAGACGUCGACAAACUUUGCCUCAUUCUUUCGCCUUUUUUCCCCGGAGAAGAGAAAACGACACUACCGCUGACGACGUUUAACCGACUUGACGUUCUCCACCUUCGUCGUAGUUUCCCGCCACAGUAGUUAGCUCGUCGAGUGAGGAGAAACUAUGACGGGCCGGGAAGAUGAAUAUGAUUAUCUCUUCAAAGUGGUGCUGAUCGGCGACUCGGGCGUGGGCAAGAGCAACCUGCUUUCACGCUUCACCCGCAACGAGUUCAACCUGGAGAGCAAAAGCACCAUCGGCGUGGAGUUCGCCACGCGCAGCAUCCAAGUGGAGGGCAAGACUAUCAAGGCGCAAAUCUGGGACACGGCUGGACAGGAGCGAUACCGAGCCAUCACUUCCGCGUACUACCGCGGAGCAGUAGGAGCACUCCUGGUGUACGACAUCGCCAAGCACCUGACGUAUGAAAACGCCGAGCGCUGGCUGAAGGAGCUGCAAGACCACGCCGACUGUAACAUCGUCAUCAUGCUGGUGGGCAACAAAAGCGACCUGCGACACCUCCGGGCCGUGCCGACCGACGAAGCGAAGGCCUUUGCGGAAAAGCACGGAUUGUCGUUUUUGGAGACGUCGGCGUUAGACUCGUCUAAUGUAGAGCUGGCCUUCCAAACCAUUCUUACAGCCAUUUACAACAUCGUGUCACAGCGGCAGAUGUCGGGCCGCAGCGACUCGGACUUCUCGCCCGCUUCCAACGUGGUUCCCAUCACGGUAGAGCCCACCCAGAACUCGUCCAACAAGGGCAUGUGCUGCCAGAACAACUGACAAUUAGAAAAAGGCAGAUAAACAGGGAAAGACCAUGGGUCGAUCUCACUUCUUCACAAGGACUAUCGUAGGGCGGCUGUUGGUGUUUAACCCUCUUGUUAUGUUGCUUUCUCAGGGACGGACCAAAAAAAAAAAUCCAAAAUAAUUUGAAAGUCGUCGCUGUCGGGCGGAAUCCUCGUAGCUCUAUAAUGGCUGCUGUUCAUAGAGUAUGUGUUGUGGUAGUUAGUAAUCAAACUGCUGUCAUCAGCAGCAAAAUAUGAUUGUUCAAAUUGUGAAAUGUACCGUAGUUGCUCGUAAAAGGGUUUCGGCCUAACAGUAAAGAGGUAAAAUUCCCAAGUUUUAUUUCAAAUUAAAAAUUAAAUAACACUUGUAAAUUUAAAAUUUAAUGAGUACUGUAUUUUCCGCACUAUAAGGAGCUUUAUAUAUGUAUCAAUAUUGGUUAAUCAUUGCAUGAAAUUACCUUUAGCCCAGCUCCAUCUCGUGGAUGCAUAAUGCAACCCCAACCACUACUACUACUACUACUACUACUACUACUACUACUGCACCUUAAAAUGCGAUGCGCCUUAUGUAUGAAAAACAUUUUAAAAUAGGCCAUUCAUUCUUGGUGCGCCCCGCCUCAUGCUCUGAUGUGCCUUAUAGUGCAGAAAAUAUGGUACAUAUAUUUUAAUUAAUUCUAUACUUUUUCCCCCCAAAUAUAUUUCCAUAAGAUGUUGAGAUGGUCUACGGCAUCUGUAAAGGGACAUCGCCAAAAAUAAAAUAAAUUAAAACUAUCUGGUGCACACUAGAAAAAAUCGGCUGCACGCUAGAAACUAUCUGGUGCACGCUAGAAACGAUCUGGUGCACGCUAGAAACUAUCUGGUGCGCGCUAGAAACUAUCUGGUGCGCGCUCCAAACUAUGUGGUGCGCGCUCCAAACUAUGUGGUGCGCGCUCCAAACUAUGUGGUGCGCAUUAGAAACUAUCUGGUACGCGCUGGGGACUAUCUGGUGUGCGCUAGAAACUGGUGCGCGCUAGGAACAAUCUGAUGCGCGCUUGAAACUAUCUGAUGCGCGCUAGAGACCGCCUGGUGCAAGCUAGAGACCGCCUGGUGCGCGCUACAAACUAUUUGGUGCGCGCUACAAACUAUUUGGUGCGCGCUAGGGACUAUUUGGUGCGCGCUAGAGACUAUAUGGUGCGCGCUAGAGACUAUAUGGUGCGCGCUAGAGACUAUCUGGUGCGCGCUAGGGACUAUCUGGUGCGCGCUAGGGACUAUCUGGUGCGCGCUAGGGACUAUCUGGUGCGCGCUACGGACCGCCUGGUGGGUGCGCGCUACGGACCGCCUGGUGGGUGCCAGAAGCUGCCUGGUGCAUGCCAGAAGCUGCCUGGUGCGCGCCAGAAGCUGCCUGGUGCGCGCCAGAAGCUGCCUGGUGUGCGCUACAAACUAUUUGGUGCGCGCUACAAACUAUUUGGUGCGCGCUACAAACUAUCUGGUGCGCUCUGAAGACCGCCUGGUGCGCGCUAGGCACAGCCUGGUGCGCGCUACAGACUAGCUAGUAAAUGUUAGCAUUAUAUAGCAAUUAAGCUAGCGGACGUUUGCCAUGCAAGUUAUCAAUAUUCUUUUGAAGUAAAGCUCAACUAAAUCCUGUGUUAUCAUUUUUACCACUCAAACGAUAUACAAAAUAAAUAAAUGCAGAUCUUACAAAAGAACAAUUGGCCUACUUGCAGAGCAAAAGGCCGGUAGUUUAAAUAGUAUAUAAUGCUAAUGUUUACCAGAUUGUUCCUAGUGCGCACCAGAUUAUUUGUAGUGCGCACCAUUGACGGCGAUCGACGUCCAAGCUAUAUUUUCCCAGUGCAUGAGUUAACGUUCACUUCAACCAACAGGAGGGUUAAACAAAAACAUAUACAAAAGUUGCCAAAAUCAAGAUUAGAUCACCGGAAUAUUAUUCCAUGUUUCACUCCAAAAUAUUUAUUCAACACUAGAUUUUCUACUUUUACCUCAUUGGCUACCGUCGACGCUGAUAGACAUCCGACCUGGCACUCCAAACGGAUUAAAUCUAUCGCCAUCAAUGGCAGCCAGUGAGUGAAACACACAUGCUGGAUCCUAGUCUGGCUUUUUCAGGAUUUAGGGGGCUUCUUUAGGGGGAUGCCAACCCCCCAAUGGUUUUUCUUAAUGUAAAUACCAGAGACCCUUUUUACUGCUUUGUCUUAACUAGUGUUGCACCGGUAUCGGUACCGAGACAGGACUAAAAUAAUGUCAUCGGUAUAGAGAAGUAAUAACGUGCCGAUGCCGCGUAAUAUGUACUUUUCCAGAUCUAAUUUCCAACCCUACCCAAGAUGGCCGCCAGCUACGCACACCACCCUAACAAAGGACUGUUUGUUGUACUUCCCAAGAUUGAUUAGACGUCCAAUUGUGUGGCGUCCAUUCAUUCUUCAGUGAAUUGCAAUAAGUUUAUCAAAAGUAGACGUCCAAUCCAUAUGAAGCGGGAGGGUGCGUCUCUGCCACCUCUCCCACUUCAAACGGAUUGGACGUCUAGCACUAUCAAUGGCAGGAAAUAGUAGAUGCUUUGACAUUGAUAGAAAAAUAUUUGAUUGAGAAAUAAGAUGGUUAUGACUUGGUUUUAAUGUCUGCGCAUUGACUUGGAUGGGAACCUCGCCCCUACCAACAUGGCUGCCGUGAAGGCGAUGAAAGGUCUUCUCUGGCAAAUGAACGUUCCAUCGUUCCCAGACCUCCCUCUACAAAUGGAUUGGACGUCUAUGGCUGUCAAUGUACUUUUAAACUUUUAAAAAUCAGUUGAGGAAUAAGCUAGUUAUGACUUAAUUUGAAUGACAAUGCAUUGACGUUCAUGGCAACAUUACCCUUACCAACAUGGCCGAUCUGAGGCCAUUUUGGUAGUGGCAAUAAAGGUAUUUUCAUGCCAUCAAUUGCAAAGAGUUUAUCACAAGUAGACGUCCAAUCCAUUUGAAGCACUAGAGUGGCAGUGAAUGAACAAGCCAACCCUCCCGCUUCAAAUGGAUUGGACAUCUAUGGCCGUCAAUGGAAGCCAGUCAGCAAAUACAUUUUCAAGAAAUAAGCUAGUUAUGUCUUAAUUUGAAUGUCAACGCAUUGACGUUGAUGGGAACGUUGCCACACGGCGGCCAUGUUGGUAGGGGCAAUGAAAGGUCUUUUCAUGCUUCUGCCAUGAAUAGAAAUGAUUCUAUCACAAGUAGACGUCCAAUCCAUUUGAAGCGGGAAAGGUGGCAGCGAACGGACGAGCCAGCCCUCCAACAUCAAAUUGAUUGGACAUUUAUGGCCGUCAAUCGAUAGAUAACAGACGCUUUGACAUUGAUAAAAUAUUUUAAAGAAAUAAGUUAGUUUUGUCUUAAUUUGAUAGACUUUGAUAGGCACGUUGCCACAUGACGGCCACGUUCGUAGGUUGUAAUUUUUCCAUGCUUCUGCCAUGAAUAGAAAUGAUUCAAUCACUAGUAGAUGUCCAAUCCAUUUGGAGCAGGAGGGUGGCAGUGAAUGUUGCCAAACCUCCCGCUUCACAUGGAUAAAUGGACAUCUAUUACUUUCCGUUCAAGUGAUUAUUUAGCAUUUUUAAAAAAGUGGAAUCGGCACCGUAUCGGCAUUAGUCGAUACGCACAGUAGGUGUUGGAAUUGGUAUCGGAAGCCAUAAAAAUGGUAUUGGUGCAACACUAGUCUUUUAUUUUUAAAAUGAUGCCUUGCGGUUUUUUUUUUGUUGUUGUUUUUUUUUUUUUUAAUAAAGGCAGACAGGUUGUUAGUAAAGGGCUAGAUUUGAAAUUGCACAAAAUGCGCCCAUGUGCAUGCGUGGGUGUAGGAUGAAGCUUUUUUAAUAAGAAUAAGAUUGAAAUAUGUAUAUUGGACUGCAUAUGUACAAAUAAAUCUGAUUUGUAAUAGAG